CCUUGCAGUGCAUUUCUCCCCUCUCCAUGGUGGGUUCCAUACCCACCCUUGUAAACUUGGGUACAGGAAAUUUACAAACUGAAGUAUUGGAGCCUGACAAGGAGCAAAUUCAGGCUGAGUUGGUGAAGAUUGAUAACAAAAUUCAUUCAGCAUGUUGCAAUGAAGAACUUGCAACAAACAAGCAUGUUACUGCAGGCAAGGGUACCACUGAGGGAGCCUUAAAGUUGAAUGGUAAGGGGGAAGACAAGCCAAAAGAGGUACUGAAGGGAAGGCUUGCAAUGGCAGUUGAUGACACAUCCACAUGUCCCCCAACAGGCAGCACUUUAUCUAGCAGCUUCAUGUCCAAUACUUGCCAGUCAAUCCGCCAAUUUGCCACUGCACUAGUCACUCAGAAUCAUCUGCUUUCCAAGCAAGCCUCUACGUCAGCUUCGUGUAUAAAGGGUACAACUGAUGUUCUGAAGCUUGAGAAGAAUAUGGAGGCUUGUGUUUCCCUUGCCAUCCAGUUUGCUUGGGAGAUAGCCAGCGCACAAAGAGAGUCUAGAGCUGCGAAUACUGAAGAGGAGUACAGUGCCAACCACGCAAUAGAAACUGCGGACAAGGAUAACUAGGGAGUAUAGCAAAUACAAGGUUGUGGACUUGUGGUCUUGUGGAUAGGAUUGCGAUUUUUAUAUGAUUUCACCUAAAAAAUAAUUUUUUAUUUUCUAAAAAGUAGUUUCUUUGACUCACGUAGCAUUGCAUGUCAUCGCGUCAGGGUCAGGUUGGGC